GGAGAAAACACCUAAGGGCACACAAAGGAUUCAUCAAAUCUAUUAUAAUUACCGGUAAGUAAUUAUCAUUAAUAAUCACACAUUUUUGCUUAAUGAUAAGUUUUUGACUUUUAGUCGAAUAGAAAAAAUGGCAAUCGCCAUGCCAUUAAAUGACGGCUAUCCACGCUUGCAGAUCCAAGAUGAACCUAAACCUUUGCACAAAUUCAUAUACAAAAGUCAAAACAAACAUCAGAGUUCCCUUCAAUGUAAAAUUUUGAUAAGGGGAUGCCAUCAGAGUGUGUUCAUAAGGUGUGACGUCUACAGCCAAACCAAACCGCCAGAGUUAUCACACCAGUGUCUUGUUCCUCGAAAUUUCAAACCUAUGAAUUUUGAAGUUUUUCCCAUAAUUUCGAUGUCGCCCACCAAUGGUGUCGUUGCGUAUAAUUUGGAAAACUAUCACAUAUUCAAUGUGUCGAAGAAGAAGAGGAAUACUUUUUUACUAUCAAAAUUGAGAAGAGAAAAAAUGUGGAUAUGCCAAAUAGAUUCUCUGACGGAGGAGGACAAUCGGUAUUUGCGUUCUAAAGUCGACUAUGACUAUAAUGAACAUGAUAGCGAUAGAAAGGUCUAUCUCGGAUUUACAGCUUACAUUCGCAACCCAGACACCAACACCAUGGAAUUAUAUGCUGAUACCAUAUUUUCUCAACCCAUCUAUGACAUUAGCAACAGCAAACUUCUGGAUCCCUGUAUAGGAAAUGACACGGGCGGAUCGGAGCAUUUGUUGCGCUUUAACAUAGGAAACCCUAACGUGCGUAAACUGUGGAUAAAACUGUACGACGAAAAUGGCUGGGAGGACUAUGCCUACGAUAUUCGCACUGACGAAAAGGGGUUUCAUUUUAAAAUACCACCUUUCUCUGGGAAAUGGCACGAAUUCGAUGAAAGUCAUAUGGUGCACUUACAAUUGAUUUGUCUUGAAAAUGACUCCAAAAAAAUGCCGAUUAAGUUUUUGUACAAACGAAGCCUUGGUUUGCAACCUUGGCAACAUGACUUUGAGACCCUUCUUGAGUUAUGUAGGAUGUAGUACUUGUCUUAAUUUAUCGGCGAAUCAUUUUUUAUACAAUUUUAGAUUAAGAUGGGAGAUUAUU